GAGCCAGUAGGCAGCAGGAGGAGGGGCUUCGCGGAGGGGACUCGCGGCCAACGCCGGUAGCUCAUGUCAUUCCCGGUCGGAUAACGCGGCGGCAGCGGUAGAAGCAGCAGCAGAAGCUAGCGGCAGCGGCGGCGAGGGCAAGGUUGUGUCUGUGAAAUGAGACCAUGACAACUGAUGAGGCUACAAAGAAGGAAGGAGAUGUCCAGAGAGCAACUCUUGUUGAACAAGGCGAGGAUAUCACACCAAACAAAGACAAAGGAGUUCUGAAGAUUGUGAAGAGGCCAGGGAAUAAUGAUGAAUCUCCCAUGAUUGGAGAUAAGGUUUAUGUCCACUACAAAGGAAAGCUGGCCAAUGGGAAAAAGUUUGAUUCCAGCCGUGACAGGAAUGAGCCAUUUAUCUUCAGCCUGGGCAAAGGCCAGGUCAUUAAGGCAUGGGAUAUUGGGGUUUCCACCAUGAAAAGGGGGGAGAUCUGCCACUUGUUGUGUAAACCAGAAUAUGCAUAUGGUUCUGCUGGCAGUGUCCCAAAGAUCCCCUCAAAUGCAACACUCUUCUUUGAGAUUGAGCUGCUAGAUUUCAAGGGGGAGGAUUUAUUUGAGAAUGGAGGCAUCAUCCGCAGAAUCAAACAGAAAGGUGAAGGAUACUCCAAUCCCAACGAAGGAGCUGCUGUACAAAUCCAUCUGAAAGGAUUCUGUGAUGGCAGAAUGUUUGAUUGCAGAGAUGUAGCAUUCACUGUUGGAGAAGGAGAAGACCAUGACAUUCCCAUUGGAAUUGACAAAGCUCUGGAGAAGAUGCAAAGGGGAGAAAAUUGUAUCCUACAUAUUGGAGCACAAUAUGGAUUUGGUGAAGCAGGGAAGCUUAAAUUUGGCAUAGGGCCAAAUGCUGAACUUGUGUAUGAAGUUACACUGAAAAGCUUUGAAAAGGCCAAAGAAUCCUGGGAGAUGGACACCAAAGAGAAAUUAGAGCAGGCUGGCAUCGUCAAAGAGAAAGGGACUGUGUACUUCAAGGAAGGCAAGUACCUACAGGCAAUGAUUCAAUAUGGGAAGAUUGUAUCCUGGUUAGAAAUGGAAUAUGGCUUAACAGAAAGGGAAUCUAAAGCUUCAGAAUCGUUGUUGUUGGCAGCCUUCCUCAACCUCGCCAUGUGCAAUUUGAAGUUGCGGGAGUAUAUGAAAGCUAUUGAGUAUUGUAAUAAGGCAUUAGCACUGGACCAGCUUAACGAAAAGGGCUUGUACAGAAGAGGAGAAGCACGACUACUCAUGAAUGAAUUUGAAUUGGCAAAGUGUGACUUUGAGAGAGUGCUAGAAGUGAAUCCACAAAACAAGGCAGCCAGGUCACAAAUCACUGUGUGCCAGAAGAAGACAAAGGAGCACAAUGAGCGUGACCGGAAAAUAUAUGCCAACAUGUUCAAGAAAUUCGCAGAGAGAGAUGCAAAGGAGGAGGCCAGUAAACCCCCAGGAGAGGAAGAAGAAAAGUCUUGCUCUGAAAUUGAGCUUAAGGAGACAGUGACGGAAGGUGAAGAAGCAGAGGGCCACGUAUGAUUGUGCAGCAGAAAGACAAUCCUUCUGAAUUCUGCCUGCAUUUAAACAGGUUUCUGAAGAACUCAGAAUUCAACAGUGUUUAUUGUAAAGGUUGUUACAGUAGGCGUUAUUGUGGAAGCAAAAAGCCUGUUCAGCAGCUUCACAAGAAACUAUAAAAUCACAGCCACUGCUGUGAGCAUUCUCGGCAGUGGAACAUGAGCAGAGCAACAGUAUGGGAUCACUCCAAGUGGAACAAAUGGUUUUAAAACACACACACAUACAUACAUACAUACACAAAAUGAGUCUUGGCUAUAGAAGAUUUUUACUGAGGUGGCUCAAAGAGAACUCAAUCAAUUUGCAUCAGUUCUAAAGGCAGUGACCAGGGUUCUAUAAAAUGAGUUAGCAUUUAGGAGCUGCCUGCUGUAUAAUUUUGGCAUUGCAUUUGGUGUACUGUAGUAGCACCACAUGGGUGUAUGUUGUCUGUCUUAAACAAAAACAAAACAAAAGAUGCAACUGCUACCAACGCAAGGCAUCCCUCUGGCCCUACUAGAACCAUGCGGAAAGCAGUUUUAUGGCUUUGAAAGCCAUACUCCUGGGAUCUUUUUCAGUCUGUCUUAUAUUUCCAAUGGGUUUCUGUAGCACAAACUGGUUUCUCAGGGAGCUGAGCAGUCCAAAUCACACUCUUAUUUUUAAAUGAUUGUUUGCUGGAAAGGCCCCUGACCCAUGGAUGACUGAGCAUGCCAACUUCAAGGCAAGAGUAUCUUUUCUAUUCCCACCCAAUAAGCUGCUGCAGGUAGGAUGAAAGGUGCACCUGGACUGAGUCAGGAACCCCCUUUUCCCCACAACACCAGUUGGGUGAGGGCACAUCUAUACUCAAGUACAGUAGCCUGAUUCCUCUUGUGGAUUUGUCUUGCAGAUUUGCAGGAAAGGUAUGCAGUGAUAGACCUGGAUUAUGUGUCCAGUCCUUUUUUAGGGACUUUCCGGAUACCUUUCCUGAGAUUAUAAUACAGCGAGUAACCAAGAUAUUAAGAAAAUUACAUUUCUUUUCAGGAAAUUAUUUCCAUUAGUCAUAUUAGCAAUUGAGUUUUGUUUUCCCAUCACAUUAUAAGCAUCUUAAGAAACAAGAAUAAUAUUUUGGUUUUAAAAUUCCUUGCUCGUUCUUAGGAUUCCUAUCUCAAAUUCUUACUUGGAUUUCUCCCCAGAAGCUGUGCCACUGUCUUGUUUUUGUUUGCUUUAUAAAGUGAAGAGGGUCCAUUCUGCAUCCAACCAAUGGUUUUUUCGAAAUGAUUUUAGCUUAAAGCAGCAGAUGUCACUGCAGAUGAAGUAUCAGAGUCAUAUCAAUCUCCAUUGUUUCUCAAAAUGCAUAACAGCACUGAAAUGCAACUCCUAGAGAAAGAUAAUUGUACUCAAGUCCCACUGAAAUCAUGAUGAUUUUAAGUGCAAAAAAUGUAUCUUAGUUUGGGUCAGCAAGUUUACUGAUCUGUGAUGGAAUGCAAACAAAUCCACAGCAUAUACAGUGGACGCUUGGGUUGCGAACAUGAUCCGUGCAGGAGGCAUGUUCACAACCCACAGCGUUUGCAACCCGCAGUGCCGCAUCUGCGCACGCGCGGGUCGCAAUUCUGUGCAUGCACAAAGCGUGAUUUAGUGCUUCUGCGUAUGUGCAAGUGUCGAAACCCCGACGUAACCCAUUCUGGGACUUCCAGGUUCAGCGCGGUGCGUAACCCGAAAACACGCAACCUGAAGCGGCCAUAACCCAAGGUAUGACUGUACUGUACUGCUAUAGCACCAUUACAGACUAGGACAUUUUGCUUUCCUAUAUACCA